AUGUGGUUAUGGAUAUUAGCUGUGAUUUUUGUCGUCUCACAAGCCCAAGAUCCCGUGCCAACAGCGCCAAUUUUUCAACGAUGCCUCCGUCGACCGAUGCGUAUUGGUGAUACCUUCACCGCCCGUGGAAACCUGAUGCCAAAUUUGCAAAGAUGGACGUGCGAUCUGGAGACGCAAUUCGCGAAAAACGUCUUUGCCCAUAUGGAUCAUCGACUUUGGGGUGCACCACUGAUCGUGUAUACCCAGAGGCCAGGGCUUGGGGCCUUCCAACCCGAGAACAAGUAUGGCGCCAAGCCCUUCCUGCCCGGAACCACGUUUGAGCUGACCGUCACG